AUGCCUGUGACACUCAUGGACAGGUUGCCCUUGCCGAACCUGAAGGUUUAUUCGGCGGGAAGUGUUUUACUGCUUUCUAUUGCAGCUUAUUACGCCGUUAAUGUAACUAGUGAUCCUAAUUGGAGAACAAAUGCCACCCUCCAAAAGCAGCAAGAUGUACAUAUUGAACCUGCAGAUAUGGAUGGUGCCAGAAAUCUCACUGAACAAAUGAUGGAAGUGAUGACCUUUAUGAUUCAAGAGCCCCUGUGUAUGUGGACGCUGAUCAACAUGUCUUGGUGUCUGUUGGCGGUGGGUGGAUGGGCGGUGGUGCGCGCAGUCUUCGGGCGUUUGCGCGUAGGUGAAGCGCAGCGCGCUAAGGACAAGCUGUGGAACUAUGUUUUCUACAAGUUCAUCUUCGUGUUUGGGGUGCUCAAUGUCCACUACCUGGACGAGCUUCUCCUCUGGUGCGCCUGGUUUACGCUUCUUGGCGCGCUUACCAUACUUACUCAGCUAGCUAAGGACAGAUUCGAAUAUUUAUCGUCGUCGCCGACGUCGUCAACAUGGGCGCACGGGAGGCUAGUAGCUCUGCUCGCUGGCGAGCUGAUUGCCGGAGCUGCGCUGAUGGCUGUGGCAGCACGAUGGGGGCUGCCUGCUGGCCGAGACACAUUCGCCUUCAUGGCCGCUGAGUGCCUAAUAGCUAUGGUGCCUUGCGUACACGUAGUAGCACGAUUCGUACUGCGAGCACGCGGUGUUGAUGCAGCCGGCUCCGCUGCCUACUACACGCAUCUUGUCUUCGACGCGGUCGGGCUUGUAGCUGAGACUGGUCACGUGGCCCACAUGGUGGUUCACAGCAACGCGGUAGUCUCUAUGGCAUCGAUGGUGCUGUUAAUGCAGCUGCGGCACCUGUUACACGCACUUCUGGCCCGCCUUAAGAGACAUCGCCUUUAUGCUGCGCUGGCGCAUCAUAUGAGCCGCAACUACCCUAUGGCCAGCCCGGAGGAGGUAGAAAAGAACCAGGAUAACUGCGCCAUCUGCUGGGAACCCAUGAAGGAAGCGCGUAAGCUGCCCUGCGCUCAUCUAUUCCACAACUCGUGCCUUUGUCGUUGGGUGCAACAAGACGCAUCGUGCCCCACGUGUCGACGGUCACUAUCGGCCCGCCCCACACCGCCGCCCGCUACGCUUACGCCUAUGUCUCCGCUUAAUCCACUUAACCCGCUCACACACAUUGGCUCCGAUCCGCCCGCCGCUAAUCAUCUUUUCCACUUUGAUGGGUCCCGAUAUGUUUCGUGGCUGCCCAGUUUCUCUGUAGAGGUGACAAGAGUACCAGCCCCUGCCACCGCCACUCCCGCCCCGCAAACAAACACGCCACUGUCACCGCAACUGGAUGCAAUUAUUGCACAGGUGUCAGCUGUGUUCCCUCAGUACAGCGCAGCAGCGGUACGUGCCGACGUGUCCCGUACGCGUUCCGCUCACCUCACAAUCGAGAACAUUCUGGAAGGACGAUUGCCCGCGCCCCCUUCACCUCCCACAGAGAAUGCAAGGCAUGUAAAUCUUGAGCCAGCCGCUACCGCUCCCGAAACCGUUGCUGACCUUCACAGCGCUGAGUCAGCGGGAGCGGAGUUUUCAGAGAGCGCCGCAGAACGUGAGAUGGCGCUGAGACGUCGUAAAAUGCAAUUACUUAACGCUGCCAGGAGACGAUACUUGCAAAGACUCCGCCCCAACACAACAGAACAUGGGAUGAUGUCCUGA